AUGAAAGUCAGUUUUCUGAAAAAGAACCAAUCCAAGAGAACCUCGCUGGUUUCCAUUUCCGAAAGGAGCUUAUCCGUGGAAACCAGCGCUCCCAUGGGCGUGGCACCAUCGUCAUUGCGGCCCCCCAUCCCCGGCGCAUACGACGACACAGCCCUGGCCGAUAUUGUAAAUGAGCCCGAAGAAUACUUGGUGCACCUGCAGGACGAGUGGCUGCGAAAGCACCACGAUGCGCUCAGUCAAGCGCAGACAGUGCCAGUCGCCGGCGGGGACGAAGUCGACUGGCGCCUGUACAGCCCACCACCAGGAUUGGCCGACGCCUCUAAGGUGUUUUCGGAGCCGCUCACGGAAAUUAUUCCACAGUCGAUAACCAACAUUCAAGAGCGAGUCGAGCAGCAAUUACGACGCGAAAAGGAAGAAGACGCCGCGCGCAAAGCAGUGGAGGAAGCGGAGGCGCUAGAGGCCGCGAAGAACAAGGAGCCAUAUCUGCCGAUCAAUAUGAACGGAACUGAGAAGGGCAAAGAUAUCGAUGCUUCAUCGAUAGACAUCAAACCGGAUUGCGAUACAGAAUCACUGCUUUCGCGACGCAGCUUCGUGCAAGAACAAGUGGAUAAACGCCGAAAAUUUGGCUUCCGAAAGCUCUUUCAGCGCAGUUAUGAAAAGGGAGAGAGUGCCGCCGCCGGUGCCGCCCGUGAAGCGAUUCUUCAAGAUCUCGAAACUCGUCUCAGCAAAGCAAAUGUCGAAUCCACCGCACCAGGCACGCAAGAGACGUUGAAAAAGCUACGACGAAACAAAACUGUUCGCGUGCCGGAAACACAAGAAUUAGUUGAAUGUGUCUCCUGUCUCGAUGAUUUUGCCAUGAAGGAUGUUGUCAAAGUUGUCUGCCACAGCUACUGUGACGACUGCUUUGUUCGACUUAUCACGGCGGCAUGCGCAAAUGAGCAGCAAUGGCCACCCAAGUGCUGUCUCAAUCAAAUUCCUUUUCGGACAAUCUUGGAUCACAUACCCAACGAUCUGAAAAGGACUUUUGAAGAACGCCGAUCUGAAUGGGAGGUGCCCAUUGCCGAGCGACAAGAGUCGGAAGAGCUGCGACAGAUUCUGGCUCAGAUUGAGGAAUUCGAGCGCAGAGAGGCCGACAUAGAAGAACAGCACAGAAUCUCUAUGAAAAAGGAGCGCGCUCGCGGUGAGAUACUGAGACGACAAACGGUCGAGGUCAAGUUUCAGCAGCUCGCUCGCAUAUUAGACUCCCUGCACGAGACGCAGGAGAGCAUCGUUGACUGGCAGCAAGAGGCCGACGCGAAAGACCUGGCCACCGACGCCAAAAAUAAAGAGGAAGCUCUUGAAAAAGAACAAAAGACAGAGCUAUCGAAAAUCAACGAAAAAAUCGUGACGCGAACCACAGACAUGGAAACCAAACUCGACGCCGAAUUUGCCGUGCGCACAGCCAAGGAGCACAAGAUCGAAAACGAUUACGAGGAGCAGCUCAAAGAGUACUGGGCCGACAAGGACGGCGCCGAGGAGGAAAUCGAGUCUGCCAUGCUCUCCUUGCGGCAGCGCAUGGACCAGGGCUACCAGCUAUGGCAGGAGUGGAAGACGGGCGAGCUGGACACGUACCGGGCCAAGCUGCAGGACGAGCUGACGAUCCGCGAGGAGCUCAUGUACAGCGCCAAGCACCGCCUCAGAGGCCGCUACGAAGAGAUGGAGGCGGAGUUGGCUCGUCGCAUUGUGGCCGAACGGCGAUGGAUGAUGGAGGUGUUUGCGGAGCGAAAGGUCCUCCUGGCGACGGCCGAGGCGGCGGAAAUGGUGGGCGAUGCCGAUAGUUUGUUCGGUAUUGAUUUGGAUGCAUCGAGGCCGGGAACUCCGGACAACAUUGGGAAGGCGGUUUAA